AUGGGUGAGAAUGGCAAAAUCGGUAAAGGAGCAAAGGCAUGCAUAUAUGUGGUCGACGGGGUUGUGGAAAGUUACCAGUACGCGACGCAUAAGAUCGCGAAUGGAGAGGUAGUCCUUAGAGACGACUGGGAAUCCCGCCUGCCUACAGAAAACAGUCAAGGAGCAAAGAAGGUCCCCGAGGUUACUUUUAGACCCCAACUAGCGCCGGAUAUCGAGGACGACGAAAACUUCCUGUCGUCUAUCCGGGAAGACAUGCUACAGCACCUGUUGAACGCGUUUCCUGCUGGGUAUCGGAGGCUACCGAUACCGUCGAUAAACCUCGAGUGCGGGUUACACGCACUGCGACUGUCUAUCGAGGCACAGCUGCCUGAUCUGGAGGUACCGUCGGUUGAGGAUCUGCGUCAAGCGCUGUAA